UUAAAAGAUCUUUUUUAAAACAAAUAUUUCAGGACGCCAACAAUGUCAAAAGUUGCAACAUUUCUUUGUGUUCUUUUGUUGUCGCAUCAAACACUUUGCGAUGGCAAUGAAACCUCGGAAAAUUCAAUUCCAGAAGAGAAAAUGUAUGAUGAUUAUCGAUUACCAACAUCAAUUACACCGGAAAACUACAAACUCGAAAUCAUCACACAGUUAAACGAUACUCAGGGAUUCGGUUUCAGUGGAGUUGUUUGGAUCACGAUGAAUGUAAAUGCAUUUGCCGACAACAUCACGCUUCAUAUGAAAAAUCUUACAAUAGAAAGCGAUAAAGUUCAGCUUUUUGAGCUUCCACAAGUCACCGCAAAUGAUUCAAUGAUUGAGAAAAGCUCGCGAGAUUAUGAAAAAAGUUUGAAUGAAGAACGGAAGAUAAGAAAGAUUCAAUACGUUCCGAAGCACGACUACAUGAUUAUUUACCCAGCAAAGAUCUUAUCAAAGUUCCGGAAAUAUGUUGUGAAGAUUCCUUUCGAAGGGGAUUUAGACACGAGUCUGAUAGGAUAUUAUCGAAGUUCAUAUUUCGACAAAAAAGCGCAGAAAAAAAUAUGGCUGGCUGUGACGCAAUUUGAACCAACCCAUGCACGUGAGGCGUUCCCUUGUUUCGACGAGCCUGAAAUGAAAGCAACUUUUGAUAUCUCGCUGGUUCAUCAUAAGAUGUAUAAUUCACUUAGCAACAUGCCACUGAAAGAAAGCAAAGAAAUGGAGAAGAUUGAAGACUUUGUUGUUGAUACAUUUGAGACAACUGUUCCGAUGUCAACUUAUUUGGUCGCUUAUUGUGUGUCAGACUUUGAAUACAAAGAAGCAACUGUUAAAAUGAAGGAUGAUGUUAAAUUUAGAAUUUAUGCGAGACGUGAUGCGAUGGACCAAGUUGAUUACGCUGCGGAAGUUGGGCCGAAGGUUUUGAAAUUUUACGAGGAUUACUUCAAAAUUAAAUUUCCAUUGCCGAAAAUCGACAUGAUUGCUAUUCCCGAUUUUGGUGCUGGUGCUAUGGAAAAUUGGGGAUUGAUAACAUACCGUGAAACUGCUUUACUUUAUCGUGCAAAUGCGUCAACAUUGUCAGCAAAACAUCGAGUAGCAGAAGUCAUCGCACAUGAGUUGGCACAUCAAUGGUUCGGCAAUUUAGUCACAAUGAAAUGGUGGACAGAUUUAUGGUUAAAUGAAGGCUUCGCAACUUACGUUGCAUCUCUUGGUGUUGCUUAUCUUCAUCCCGAAUGGAAAUCUCUUGACGAAGAAAGUGUCGACAAUACUUUGCAUAUUUUCAAGUUUGAUGCACUUAAAGCUAGUCAUCCCGUGUCAGUAACAAUUGGACAUCCAAAUCAAAUCUCACAAAUCUUUGAUGCUAUCAGUUACUCAAAAGGCUCUUGCAUCAUUCGAAUGAUGCACAAAUUUCUCGGCGAAGAAAGUUUCCAAAUUGGCGUGUCAAAUUAUUUAAAGAAACACGAAUAUGCGAAUGCUAAACAAGAUGAUCUCUGGGCAGCUUUAACUGAAGUUGCACACAGUCAACAGUCACUUCCCAAUGAACUAUCAGUCAAGGAAAUCAUGGACACGUGGACACUUCAAGUCGGCUACCCAAUUAUCAAAGUUCACAGAAAUUACGAUGAAAAUUCAGCUGAAAUCACACAAACUCGUUAUUUAUCUGAUCGUUUUAAGACACGAAGUGAUGUUGAAUUCUGUUGGUGGAUUCCAUUAACUUAUGUUGACUCUGAAACUCGUGAAUUUAAUGUUUCUCAUGCACAAGAUUGGAUGAAAUGUGGAAAAGAAAACAUUCCGGAAAUGAAACGAAUUGAAAACCUUCCCGAUAAAGAUCAGUGGGUGAUUUUCAACGCACAACUUUCUGGACUUUACAAGAUUCAAUAUGACCGAUGGAAUUACAAACUUAUCGUGAAAACGUUGAAUAGUGAAAACUUUAAAAAUAUUCAUCAAAUUAAUCGAGCUCAACUGAUUGACGACGCAAUGGACUUGGCAUGGGUUGGAGAACAAGAUUAUGGAAUUGCAUUAGCAAUGAUAAAUUAUUUGAGACAAGAAGACGAGUACAUUCCAUGGAAAUCAGCAUUGGAUAAUCUUCGUUCCGUCAAUCGUUUAUUGAUUCGAUCAGAACUCUACGGUGUAUUCAAAGCUUACGUUCAACAUGUCCUUGAACCAAUUUACGAGAAAGUUGGUGGCAUAAGUGAACCAUCAAAAUCAGAACGAUUAGAUGCUGUCAAACAUCAGUCAAUGAUUUGUGGGUGGUCAUGUCGUUUUGGUGUUGGUGAUUGUGUUGAGAAAUCUGUUGAACUAUUUGCACGAUGGAUGAAGGAAACAGAACCUGAUCAUGUCAAUCCAGUGCCAUUGAAUCUUCGAUCGGUUGUUUAUUGUUCAGCUAUUCGAAUGGGAAAAGAAGCUGAAUGGCUUUUCUUGUGGACACGUUACAUUAAUAGCAAUGUUGGAGCUGAGAAAUCAUUGAUAAUCUCUUCGUUGUCAUGUUCUCGUGAACAAUGGUUGUUGGGACGUUAUCUCGACUGGUCAUUAAACUCAACUCUCGUAAGGAAACAAGAUGCUGCUUCUGUCUUUGGUGGUGUGGCACGUGAAGAAAUUGGAUUUCAUCUUGCGAAAAAUUUCUUUUUUGAAAAAAUCGAUGCCAUUCAUCAAACUUUAUCUCCAGAUACAUCACGCAUUUCACGCUUCAUCAAACCUCUUGCUGAACAAAUGUCAACUGAGAAAGAUAUUCACGAGCUCAAAGAACUUGUUACUGUUAAGCAUAAAGUAUUUGAAAAAUCAACUUUGGGUGUUAAACAAGCUUUAGAAACUGUGGAAUUGAAUAAUCAAUGGAAGCUCAAUACUUAUAUGGAUUUCUCGCGACGAUUGAAUCGAAUGAUGGCGAGAAACUUCGAUUAUUCUUUGGAAGACGAUGAACAGGAAGAAGCAAAAGCUAUUUGAUACAUACUUAUAAUGGAACAGUUAAAUUAAUAGUUUUUAAAGAACAUUGUUCAUUUUCUAGUAAAAUCCAUUAAUUUUUCUUUUGUCUUUGUCGUGCUUUUAUUGUCGCAUAUGUUGCUGACUUAUUUGAAUGUUAAUCUUUAUUAAUGAUCUAACAAUUCUAUGAAAAUUAAAAAUAAACAGCAUGUAAAUUAUAAAAAAAGUUAAAUUAAUUUGUUUAUUUUUAUGUGACGUAAG